GCAGACAAAAGCAAACCAGGAAGUAAGGGGAAAUUAUUUCAGUCUGCACUUAGCUCAGGAUGUUAAAUGCAACAGGCUGAGAGGACUGGUUAUUCAUUAGCGAGAAGGAAGGAGCCACAGGGGGUCAGGGCUGGUCAAACAACAGGAUCCGACUUGAAACUGGGAAGGAGAUUCUGGCCACACCGGGGCCGGGAGGAGAAGGAGGAGAAUUUACCUGGAGUUACCCUAUCCCUCAGCUUAACCUUUCUUUUGAGCUGAAAGCAAGAUGACUCUCCUCAGAUGCUGGCAUUUGCCAAACUAAGACCUUCUCAUUGCAUUCCUGGAUAGAGAAGAAAAAAAAAAGCCACCCAUUCCCGGAGGAGAGAGGGCUCGCCUGCCUGUUUCUUUCUCUGUGUCCUACCCUGGGGCAGUGAGCCGCUGCUAUUACGGAAAGGCUGAGUUUCUCUGGGGAAAAGUUCCUCCGCAGCCAGAAGUUGAGUUAGGCAAACCUAACCAAGCAUGGGAAGCUGGUGUUGAUUUUCACGGUGCUUGGUGCCUGGUGGGGGCAGGGAAAGUGGAUCAGAGAGAUUUGGGAGGGGGAGGAAAAUCUCUCCCGGGUGCCUCAACCAUCAUUGGGUAAAAAAAGAAGGCAAGGCAACAGGUUCCAAAUCAUGGGGAACUUCUGUCUGAAAUACUGCAGUUAUUUGGAGCCCUGCCUUCCCUGUUUAUUCCAGGAAGUGGAUAAACCUGUCGUGAUUGAAAACACACAUGCCCACUCCCCUCCCACUCCUCCAAUACAGAGGCAGACCCCCGAGCCAGAAAGGAGCCAUGGCCGCUAUUUUGUGGCCUUAUUUGAUUAUCAGGCCCGAACAGCAGAAGAUCUAAGCUUCAGAGCUGGAGACAAACUCCAGGUCCUGGAUUCUUCUCAUGAGGGUUGGUGGUUUGCCAGGCAUUUGGAGAUGAGUGUAGAUGGCCCUGGGCAGCAACUCCAAGGUUAUAUUCCUUCGAACUACGUGGCUGAAGAUCAGAGCAUCCAGGCUGAACCGUGGUUCUUUGGUUCAAUCAAGCGAGUAGAUGCAGAAAAACAACUACUGUACCCAGGAAACCAGAACGGUGCCUUUCUAAUUAGAGAAAGUGAAACCCAGAAAGGAGACUUCUCCCUUUCAGUUUUAGAUAACAAAAUUGUGAAGCACUACCGAGUGAGAAGACUUGAUGAGGGAGGCUUUUUCCUUACCCGCAGAAGAACUUUUGAUACCUUGAAUGCUUUUGUGGACUACUACACCAAGACGAGUGAUGGCCUCUGUGUCAAACUUGGAAAACCAUGCCUGAAGAAAGAAGUCCCAACUACUUUUGAUUUGUCAUAUAAGACUGUGGACCAGUGGGAAAUAGAUCGAAACUCUCUGCAACUUCUGAAAAUAUUAGGAUCUGGCCAGUUUGGUGAGGUGUGGGAAGGCUUAUGGAAUAAUACUACUCCAGUGGCAGUCAAAACAUUAAAACCAGGUUCAAUGGAUCCAAGGGACUUCCUGAGGGAGGCACAGAUAAUGAAGAACCUGAGACAUCCCAAGCUUAUCCAGCUUUAUGCUGUUUGCACUUUAGAGGAUCCAAUUUAUAUUAUAACAGAACUGAUGAGACAUGGAAGUCUGCAAGUCUAUCUCCAAAAUGAUGGUGGGUCCAAAAUCCAUCUGCCUCAACAGCUGGACAUGGCAGCUCAAGUUGCUUCAGGAAUGGCUUACCUAGAAUCCCAGAACUAUAUCCACAGAGAUUUAGCUGCCAGAAAUGUCCUCGUUGGUGAACACAAUGUUUACAAAGUGGCAGACUUUGGACUUGCAAGAGUUUUUAAGGUAGAAAAUGAAGAUAUCUAUGAAUCUAAACCAGAAAUCAAACUACCAGUGAAAUGGACGGCACCUGAAGCCAUUCGUUCUCAUAAAUUCAGCAUUAAGUCUGAUGUGUGGUCAUUUGGGAUACUUCUUCAUGAAAUCAUUACUUAUGGAAAGAUGCCUUAUCCAGGCAUGACAGGUAUGCAGGUAAUCCAGAAAUUGGAUCAAAACUAUAGACUUCCUCAACCAGAGAAUUGUCCAUUGGAACUCUACAACAUCAUGUUGCAAUGUUGGAAUGUAGAACCCAAAGAUCGACCAACAUUUGAAUCAUUGCACUGGAGUCUUGAAGACUAUUAUUAUGAAUUGGAUUCUUCUUCUUAUUUAGAUGCAAAUAAUUUCAUUAGAUAAACCUAGGGCUGGGACAAUGGCUGUUCUUCAAAAAAUAAAAAAAUAGAAUAAGUGGCCAGAAACAUAGCAACCACCAACUACAAAAUCAACUUAGUUUUGAGAUCUGGGAGGAAAGAGAUUCCAUUUUGUGGUACUUGAAUAUGUGUGCUAGAAAUAACCAAAUCUCCAUUUCCUUGUUUGAACAACACUGGAGGACAUUGCAAAAAUAAUGCUUCCAUCAGCUAGCUGCUUGGCAAGAUCAAAAAACUGAAACAAGUUCUUUUCCUUCUCAUUUUGAAGAUAUUUCUAUUUAUUGGUUGAAAUACUGAUCAUAAGAAUCAACAGAUGAUGGUCGAUUUUUACUCUGUUAAAUGUGGCAGCAUUUUCCUGUUUGCUGAUUAGUGUGGUUAUUCAUUAUUCCUCAGAUCACUGAAUCUCAUCCGGCUGUUAUUAUGAAGGAAUAUGAUUGCUUUGCUGCACAGCAGGACCUGUGCUUUGAGAUUUCCCCCUCUUCUCUUUUAAAAUAUCCUGUAACUACAAUGAGGGUAAAGCCAUAUUAAAUGUCUUGAUUGUACUGGGAGUAAUUGCAUUUUUUUGUGCUUUGCAGAAAAAUGAAGCAGCUGUUGAGGAAAAGAAUUUAAAUCUCUCUUAUUUUGUAAAAGGAAAUGGAGAGAUUUCUAUAUACCUCCAGUAUGUGUCAUAUGAGAAUAAUCAACAUUACUUUAAAUUUCUUAAUGUGCAGAAUCAUACUGCAAAGCUGAUGAGUUAUUCUACCCUGAUGUAUAUAUGAAAAACAACUGUAACUCAGGAGGUUUGAGAAAUAGGUAUCAAAUUGAUUUAGAAAAAAAAGAUCAUCUGAGCAAGACAGAGAAUUCAUAUUUCUCAGAGUUCCUGGGGAUUUCUUUGCUUUUUAUGAAAAAUUGGCUUUAUCUAUUUGAAGAAAAAAAUUAGGUUAUCACUCAUUGGCAGUGAGGGUACUGUUUGUCCUUAAGUUCUUUCCUUCUAACCCUUGGUCUCUAAAUUAUGUUGUAACCAAGGUCAUCCUUUUCUUGUAAGAGAAAAGAAGGUCUUUACAGCCUGAACAAUUUAUUCCAAAAAAAAAAAAAGCAAAAUUCCAAAUUACUUUUUAGAUUAGUUGGAUGGAUUCACAAGUCAAUUAACACUAUUUAGUGUACAAUCUAUGACACUUCCUCCAUUGACUAUUCUCAUUUUUCAUCAUCUUUGCCAAGUACUCUAUGUGAGGUGAGACCUCAGGGUUGUAUAUUUCUCUUACUAGUGAUUUAGAGCAAUCUUUUAUAUGGCUAAUAAUAAUCCACACUUCUUUUGAGAACUGAAUGUUUAUGUCAUUUAACCUCUUAUCCAUUGAUUAGAUUCCCAAAUACCUCCAGGAUCAAAUAAAGAAUUUUUCCUUUGGCUUUUAAAGCUUUUCAUAACUUGGCCCUUUCCUAACCUUUCCAGUUUUCUUAUAUAUUACUCCACACCUUUUCCUACAUAAUUCAAUAACACUGACCUCCUUGCUGUUCCUAACCCAAGACAGUCAAUCUCUUAACUUUAGGCAUUUCCAGUGAUGGUCCCUUAUACCUGGAAUUCUCUUUCUCUCUCUUCUCCUUCCUUAUCUCUUCCUCCUAGAUUCCCUGGCUUCCUUUGAGUUUUAGUUUCUCUACAGGAAGACUUUCCCAUCCCUUUUUAAUCUUAGUGCCUUCCUUUUAGUGAUUAUUUUUAAUUUAUCCUGUAUAUAUUUUAUUUGUACAUUAUUGUUUACAUGUUUCCUCCCUCAUUAGACUGUGAGCUCCUUGAGACCAGGAACUGUCUUUUGACUUUCCUUUUAUCUGGACUUUUAUCCCCACCACAAUGCCUGACACUUAGUGGGCACUUAAUAAAUUCUUGUUGAUUUGGUCUUAUAUGUUUUUGUAAAUUCAAUCACACAAUCAGGAAAAACUGAUUGAGUGCCUAGUAUAUGUCAUAUAUCUUAGAAAUCUGACAUUUAUUAGAGGUAUCUGAUGCAAAGAUUUCAUUUAAUUACUUCUCAUUCUUGUUUGUUCAGAAGCUUUUAAAUCUUAUACCAGAAGUUAUCUGGUUCAUCUAUAUUCUCUUUUGUAAUCAUUUCUUUCCUCCAUUUGGUUUGGUUAAGAAUUUCCCCCUAGCCAUAGCUGUGAAAGUUACCUGAUUUAGUUCCUUUUCUCAUUUAUGGGGUAGGCUUCAGUAUUCAAAUUCUUCAUUAAAAUCUAUUCUUUCUUUGAGUAUUAGUAGCACUUAUUCAUACUCUCACUGAGAACUGCACAAGGGCAGGAUAUUGGGCAACAUACACUAAAUAAAAAGAAAUUGUGAGCCUGAUCCUUGUUCCCUCUCUAGUAGAAAAUGAGGGCUGACCACCCAAAGGUUUAUACCAAAGUGGAAUGUGUGGAGCCACUUGAGUGGUCAAUUUUAAGAUCACAGGAUCCUAGAAAUUUAGAAGAAACCUUAGUUGGUUGUUUGUUGUCCUUUUUACUUGAAGAGGACCAAAAUGAUAUCACUGUAUUGUGUCUGACUGUGGCUUUAUCAGAUCAGUAUGGUUUGGGAAGGCUUUACAACAAUUUGGGCACAAAUAGCCAUUUCUUCAAACAGGAAGGAACUUAAAACUUUUUCACAUGUGAAAGAUUUUCACUCAUCCAUUGACACGAGAUCUAGUCUGCUUUUCACUGAAUCAUGCUCUGGUUUCUCAACACAAGAAUACAUAAGAUAUCAUAUGUGAUAUAAGUGCUGUCAGCCAGCCAAUACACGUUUAUGAAAUAUCUAUUGCCUGCCUGGCAUUGUUCUAAGUGUUGGGGAUAUAAAGAGAGGCCUUUGCCCUCAAGGAGCUUGCAAUCUAAUGGGGGAGGCAACUUGCAAACAACUCUACAUGAGCAAGUUAUGUAUAGGAUUAUUUAAAGAUAAUCAACAGAGAGAAGAUGUUAGAAUGAAAGCAGACUGGGAGAAGCUUAUUAUAGGAGGAGGAUUUCAGCCAGAACUUGAAGGAAAUUAGGGAAGUUUUGAGACAGACAGGAGGAAGGAGAUCAUUCCAGGCAUAGAGUAUAGAAAAUAAAAAUGCUUAAAAUGGGAAGAUGGGGUGUUUUGUGUAAGGAACAGCAUAGAGUACAUAAUUGGGAGAGCAGGUGGAACGGUAGAUAGCUACAGGCCAGCUUUAGUACUUUAUCAAUAAUCUUAUCUACCACAUUUUGAGAGGUACAAAAUACUCUUUGGCAGAAAAAUGGUUAAAAGUUUACUAUGGUGACCGGAGGAACAAAAUGACCUACAUUGUGGGCAGACUUGGAGAAUAGAAACCUAUUUGCUUUUGUGUAGGCAUGAACUGAAAGAAUCCGUAUACUCAAAUGUGACUAUAUAAUUUGCCCUUUUGUAACAGGUAACAAUUAUGAACUUUCCUCUAAGAACGGAUUUUAAAAUGGAAAAGCAAGGUUAUCUUUUUCAAUUACAGUACACACUAAAAUGGGUUUAACUUAUUGCAUCUGAUUCUUGGGGACUUUUAUGUUCAAGGCUCUGCCAAAGCAAUCUAUUAUUCUUGUUUUUACCUGAUGGAUCAUGGAGAAAAAUAAUGGAUUCAGUUAUGAGAAACAGUAAUAGAUUUUUUUUAAACUGACAUAAAUUUCUCUCUUUCUGGGGAAUAAAAGGAUCGGGAAAAGAUAAGUUGAUUUUUUUUUUUUACAAUGAAACAGCUCUUGUGAAAUUCACUCAUAAAUUGUACGAAGGCACUUUUUACAUAAUGUUUUAUUUAUGUAAUUCGGUUAUUUGAGGGUUAGAGAGAAUGGAGUAGAGGAGUAAAUCAUAUCAUAUGGUUCUUCUGAACCCCUUUAGACACAAACCAAAGGCUUUUUAGUAAGAUAAGAAACAUUCCAAAUUCCACUAGGUUCUCCUUUAAAAAGACAAGAGAAAAAAUGUGCUGACAGUAUGUGAGGUCUGGAGGGGAAUUUAAUCAAUUUCUAAAAGCUGUAGGAGCUUAGUAUCUUGCAAUUCAAAUCAAAAAGGCAAAAUGACUAAUGAGCUAUACACUUGGCUAUAGAUAUGGACAGCUUUAAAGGGCACUAAAGAGCAAGAAGGACACGUGUACCAUAAGGCUAGUGGGAAAUACCAUGCUGUGCCCAUUCAUAAUUUCCAACGAUAAAAAGAAUAUCUGCCUAAUAUCAUCAUGGCUCAGGAAAUACAUAAUGGGACCCAAACUCUUCAGAUUUCAUGAUGACCCAAAGGGAGCAAUGGGAGGAUGCAAUGCUGUUUCCCAGCUGCAGCUGUCUAGAGGAAACAAGACCCAUCUGUGUCCUAGGGCUUGCAGAACAUAUGCCAUACCACGAUAAUGUUUUCCAUAGUUUAGCAUAUGGUUUCUAGAAAAGCAGCCUUGUCAUCUGGGUUUCUGUGGCUAUUUAUUGGUACUUCAGGCAAAACAAAAAGUAAAAUUUGGGAAAUGAAUGUUUUUGCAUUGAAUUAUUUCUCCAAAAACACGAAUAAACAUACAUUCAAAUUGUGUAAUUGUGUACUUCCCUUCUAAAGGGUUAUUUUAUUGAGAAAGAAAAUAAUCAUUUCUAUGUCCAGUGAUUAAAAAUAUCAUUGGGAUGA